AUGCCGCACAGAGAAGAAUCCAGCCUGUUCAUCAAGGAGCUCCACCCUACAUUCGCCGCCGAAGUCCACGGCGUAGACUUCACGAACGACGUUGCGCCUCAUGUGUUCAGCCGGAUCCAAGAGGCUAUCGCAAAAUACGGCGUGAUCCGAUUUCCUGCCACGGGACUUGAUGAUGCCAGCCAUGUCGCUUUCGCUUCGAAGUUUGGUGACCUGGACGACGUGUCCCCAUACACCAAGCAUGGCAAGAAGCACCGGCUGCCAUUCGUAGAGCUCUUCGACGUGAGCAACCUUCUUGAGGACGGUUCGGUAGCGCCCCUUGACAGUCACCGUGCAGCAAUGAACAAAGGUAACUCGCUCUUCCACGUGGACUCCUCGUUCAACCCUCGGCGUGGUGGUUACAGUCUGUUGCGGGCACACCAAUUGCCGCCGCAAGGGACCGGAGGCGCCACCGAGUAUGCAGAUACUCGCACCGCCUUUGACGAACUGCCAGAUGAGCUUAGAAAUGAGCUGUUGGAAGAGGACUACGUGGCCUGCCAUUCGCUGUAUCACUCGCGGAAGCUCGCAGCUCCCGAGUCCCUACCUGGAGUGAACCCUGAAGACCACUUCAUGUCGAGACAUCGGCUUGUACAGCGACAUGAGCCAAGCGGCAGAAUGAACCUCUACAUAGCUUCGCAUGUCCAUCACAUCGAGAACGUGCCGCCAGAGUACUCGAAGGUAUUGCUGGACAAGCUCUAUAAGCACGCUUGCAAUCCAAAAUAUACGGUUGCUAUUGAUUGGACCGAGGAUUCGGACUUGAUCUUGUGGGACAACACUUGUGUGAUGCAUCGUGCUACCGGAGGCAGCUUCGAAGGGAAGCAUGUUCGAGACAUGAGACGAGCGACUGUAAGUUAA